UGAUUAUUGAUUAGUUUCAUCGAUUAAAUUUUUCUAGGAAUAUAGUUUAUAUUUCAUAAAAGCGGAAGUCAAUUGUACCAGCAAUCUGAUCACAAACCGCAGAAGAGCCAUCCAUACAAUCAAGACUAUUAGAAGAUUUAGUUCAUAACAACAUGAGUAAAUCGCUGAGCUACGAAGAUCUUGGAAGCGAUGACGUUGUGGUUGACGUUUGUCCAUUUUGUGCAACUAAGGAUAAAAUCGAGCAAGCGAAUCAUUUCUGUUACGACUGUGGCGUGUUUGGAAGGUACAUCUAUGACAACUGCACAGAGAACCAUGAUAUCAUUACAGCGUCAGAAGACCACGAUGUUAGGACCUUUUCUGGCGAAACCAAUAUCAGGAGAGAAAAUCUGGAUGAAUUCAAUGAUAUUGAAAUGCGUCACAGAGCAGAGGUUGAACAGCUUGAACAAGAAAAAGAUGAAGAUAUAAUGGAAUUUAAAGAGCAAAUAAAUCAGCUAUCGUUAGAAAACACAAAGAACCGCGCAGAGAUUACACACCUGAAUCAACAAAAAGAAAAACAAGACAUUAAAAUUGGAAAACUAGUCCAAGAAAAAAAUGAACAAUACGACCACUUUAAGAUGCAAUGGGAACAUCAGAUGGGUAAAGUUGAUGAAAUAUAUCGUAAUGACACAUGGGCUAGGGAGAAUGAAAUCCAAACUUACCAAAACGAAAUAGAAAAGCUUGAAGAAGGAAAGCAGGAAAUGAUCAUCAAAUUUGAAGCUCAAGCGCAUGAGCUGCUUGAGGAAAAUGCAAACCUUCAGUCAGAUGUCGAACGUCUUAAUGAAGAAAAAGAAAAACUAGAGGCUAAAAUAAGGAACUGAUGCAACAGAAAGAUGCACAAUGCAUCGAGCUUGCAAGGAAGAGACAAGACACGCGUGCUGAACUGAAGGACAAAUACGCCGAUAACAUCGACACAAAAACAAAGGAGAAUAAAGCUCUAGAAAACAAAAUAAACACACUUGAAAAAGGAAGAUUUGAAUUCAAAACACAAUUUGAACAACAAAUGAAUACAUUGCGAAGUGAAAAUGAAAACAUUCAGUCAAACAUAAAGCGCAUCAGAGAAGAGAGAGAUAAAUAUCGCGCUAAAACUGAGGAACUUUUUGAAGAACGUGAGGAACAAUGCGCUAUAUUUACUGACCAAUGGCAAGAGGCAAAAAUUGAAAAUGCAACAGAAACACAAAGUAAAGACAGAGAAAUCAGACUGCUCCAUGUCGAUAUGCAAAAUCUGAAAGAAAAGAAGCAUGAAAGUGCCAGAAAGUUUGAAAAGCAACUAAGCGAUCUAACUUCUGGUAAUAAAAAUCUGAAAUCUGAGAUUAAACUGCUGAAAAAAGAAAUAGAAGAGAUGGAUUUUAAGAUUAAAGAACUGCAUAAGAUUCAUGAAUCAAAUGGGUUGUCACAGAAGAAACUUGACAAUGAAAAUCAAGCCAUGGCUACGGAACUAAAAAGAUGCAAAGUCGAAAUCCAAAAAAAAAAAAAAAGAAAACCGGGAAGAGGAAAUGAAAAAACAAGUAAGUGAACUUCGUGCUGAUAACAGUAAGAACAAAGCUGAUAUUACGCGAAUAAGAGAAGAAAGGAACAAGUGCCGAGUCACUAUUGAAGAACUGAAGGGACAAAAAGAUGCGAACAGGAAAAUGCAGGAAGACCACAGAAAAGCUAUGCAUGCUCUGAAGAAUAAAUAUGAUGACAAGAUACAAGCUAAGGAUUACAAGAUACAAAGUCUUCGCGUACAGAGGGACAACUUGCAGUCAAUGCUUCAAUCAAAUGGUAUCGUCGUUCAAAUCAGAUAAGGGAGAGGGGGAUUACGACUCUAUUAUUCUCACUCUUUGAAUAACAUUUUCUAUACCUUUUUUCCAUUACCACUAUACUGACAUCGAGACUAUCUGAAUUUCAGAUUAAGAAUAUAUAAGACAUUCAUUUUGCAUUGAACUUUGCAUUUUUUUAAAUAUGUCUAUGCACUAAAUAAUAUCAAAGUAAGUCGGUAUGUUUUAUUGUCACAAGAUAUGACGUUAAAACUAAAGUGCAAACCAAGUAUUUAAAUUAUAUCGUUUAGAUGCAAGAAACGGAUAAAUUCAAAAAGUGUUAACAAUCAAUAUAGAUAUUAUGAUUCACCAUUUAAUUAUAUCGAAGACUAAAAUUUAGUUUAGCUGAUGUGCGUGCGAGAGUGCGUACGUGUGCGUGUGUGACUUCAUAAAGCAAGACUGGUUUAGUUUGUUUGCCAACUACGUAUUUAAAGUAUAUUGUGUCACUUUAAAGAGAUCAUAUAAUUGUUUCAAAUAAGGCAAAUUUGUUUAUAUUGAUUUUCCUACUAGCAUUUUCUGCAUUUCACAAAAGUUAAUUUAAUAACGUACGGUUUGAAAUACACUGCCGAUUUUUAGUCGUUUACGAGUGUACGCAAUAUAUUUUUGCCUUAGAAAUAAUGACUAGAUAUAAUGCUAGAAGCACAUUUAACAAAUGCAUUCUGAAUGUUCGUACAGAAGGGCGAGAGAGUGAAUAUUGAUAUGAAUGUUGACAUCAGAGUUUAAUGAAUUCUGGCUGGAAAUGUAGUGGCUUGGAUCGCACAAAUACACUUGUUGGAUAGUAAUGAGUAAUAAUGGAAACACUACACAAAAGAAAAGGCAUUUGAACGAUAUGGAAACUCUUAAAUCUUUUACAAUUGUAAUGAAAAAAAUGAUUGCAUGAACAUUUGAUUUUAAUCGUUCUUGUCGUGCUCGAGAACAAAAUAAAUGAUCAGUGAAUGGAACUUUAACAUUACGUUAAAGGAAAUCACGUACAUAUCAGCAAAAUGUGAAUCUGAGAAAUAUGUUAAACAUUCCAACAUGGACUUUAUAAUGGUCUGCGAGAGAAUUGUUCAUAUUCAUAAAAAAGACCUUUACAUACCUUAUUAACCCAUGCCAGAAAAUUUACAAAAUGUUUUCUAUUGCCUUUUCUUGAAAAUGCAAGUAUAUCAGUUUCAUGAGCUACAAUCCCAUACUAUUUUACAUGAUCUUAUUGUGUAGCAUGCCGUGUAAAGUAAAUUCCUUAAUUCAGAGUAUAGCUUUUAUAAGUACAUGUUACGUCUGUUUACAUUUCAUGUUUUCUUUCUCAAUUGGUUCUACACAUUUUCAUAACAUAUUUGCUGAGUUGAAUUGAAUAAUACAUCUCAGGGGUUUAUAAAACUUGAUAGACAUAUAAUACUUUAUCUAAA